AUGCCGAGACGUUCGAAAAUACCUAGAAUCUUAGAGGACAUAACCAAUAUAAGAGAAGACCUUUCGGAUACCGAAGAUGAUAUUGAUCCUGCAGAAAUUUCAGAGGAUCAAUCAGAAACAAAAGAUGUGUGUGUUUCCUCAGACAGCAAUAGUGAAGAAGAGAACAUGCUAAAUGUACGUACGAGAAGAAGAAAUUUGAGAUUGUCGUCAUCUUCGGAUGAAAGUUACUGUCAACAAACUGAAAUUGCAAAUAAAGGAACUAUUUGGACUAAAAUAAAAGCUGGAUCUAAUCCAGGAAGAAGAUCAAUAAAUACUUUAUUCUAA